AUGUUGACCAGUAAAGGAAAAGUCUUCAAAAUGGAAGAGUAUCAAAAAGAUGUCUGUGAAGUCUACGAUAUGCAGAUAGAGAAAGUCCUAAAGGAUCGUUAUCCUACCAAAGUUGUACAAGUUCACAAAACACUCGAUCCCAACAGAAAGUGGGCUGUAAAAAUGUGUUACAAAGACAAGACACAGAAAGGUAUUUCGGCGGAACAUCCCUUCAUCAUGUGCUUAGACACCGUCGCGUCAUUUCCGAGUUACUUAUGCUUCGUCAUGCCAUUCUACGAGCAGGGUACGCUGACCAAGGCGCUGCCAUUGAUGACGCAUGAGUUUAGAGAUGAAUGUCUGGUGCAGCUUUGCUGUGGAAUCAAGUUUCUUCACGACAGAGGAGUCGCUCACAGGGACCUGAAAUCUGACAACAUUUUACUCACUAAUCAAAAGAAUGUGGUCAUAGCUGAUUUUGGUUUAGCCGACCACGUCUGGCCAUCUGAGCCUUUAGUUACCGGGAGAAAAGGAACAGUAAUGCACAUAUCUCCUGAGCAGGACAACAAGACCUUUGACUGCUUUAAGUGUGACAUGUACUCACUUGGAGUAGUCUACUGGUGUAUGUUGUGCAUGGUAGAUGUGAUAGACUUGAAGCCCAAGGAGCCACUACUCACGAUAGUUUUACGAACAUUCUUCCUACCAGAUAUCGACAGGGACAUUUUGUCAUGUCUUUUGGAAGCUGAUCCUAACAAGCGAUUUUCAGUCUUGAGUCUGAUCAAUUUAUUGAACCGCUCAAUACGUUUUAAACAUAGAAUUGAAAUGCUUAGAGACAUUGGUUUGCUGUAA